AAAAGAAUGUAAAUUGAGUUUUGAUUUAAUGGAAAGAGAUAAAUUUCACCCUUUGUGUACGCUUUACUGCUGCAACAAAUGAAAGGUGGACAUCACAGCAGAUUAUUACUACCAGAUUUUAAUUUCCAGGCUAUACCGACCUUUGAAUGAAUGUCUUUUUGCUACCCAUUGAUUUAUGUAAGGAGAUCGAGGUUAUCAUGAAUGAUUUUUGGUGGAAAGGAAAAGGAGGGACGAGCAUUUGUUGGAAGGAUUGGACCUCGAUAAGCAAACCGAAAGGAUGUGGCGGCCUGGGUUUCAAGAGACUUCGGGAGUUUAAUUUAGCCAUGUUGACUAAACAAGCUUGGCGUCUUUUUCAACUAUCCCGAUUCUCUUGUUGGUAAAGUUUACAAAGCCCAUUGUUUUCCCAAGGGUGACUUCUUGUCGGCUAAAGUUAGAAAUAAUCCUUCUUUUAUUUGGAGGAGUUUAAUCCAGACACAAGAUGUUAUUCGGGAGGGUUUCAAAUGGCGAGUUGGAGACGGGAAGUCAAUUAAUAUUUGGAAAGACCCGUGGUUACCCGACCGGGAAAAUCCUAUGGUUACGACGGAGCAGGUAGCAGGCCUUGAACAAGCUAAUGUGGCAUCAUUACUUAAUGUGGAAAAUCCUAUGGUUACGACGGAGUUACUCAUGGAUAUUUUUGACAGCCGUGAUGUCUCAUCAAUUCGGAACAUUCCUAUCAGUACAAGACAUGUUCCAGAUAUUCGGCAAUGGAGAUGGGAGGAGAAUGGUCAUUUCUCAGUUCAGAGUUGUUAUAGGAAAAUGGUGUGUAAUGGAUGCUUACCCACGAAAGAUAUCCUUAGAGCGAGACGAGCAAACUGUCCAGCGAGUUGCGGAUUGUGUGGCAGCGAGGAAGAAUCUAUCCUCCACAUUUUCCAUACCUGUUCUGUUGUAAAGGAGGCUUGGGCGGCUGUCCCUUGGAGCCGGUCUCGCGAUGUUGCAGGCAGUUUCAUGGAGCUGGUGCACAAGGAUUUUGAAGCAAGAAGAAGGGGGAGCUCGAAAAACUAAUCUGGGGUUGUUGGGCAUUAUGGUGUGAACGUAACCAAAGUAUUUGGCAAAAUUCUUUUUUGAGUGCAGGUCAAUUUAUGAUGAAAUUAAAGCUCAAUCCUUUGUCGUGGGAUGGUCUCAAGCUCAAACUGAACGCCGAGGAAGAAAGCAGCAGUCACCAGCUAGUUUAUUCAUGGAGCAAACCUGCAGUGGGACGGCAUAAGAUGAAUACAG